AUGGAGCAGCAGAAGACAAAGCAGGAAGACGCCACAACCAUCAACGUGUGCCAGAGGGCGAUUGUAGAAACGGGCUGCUGUGACACAGGCCACGCCCACUUUAGUCCCGCUAUGGCGCCAAGCAGACACCACAGAACGAACAGCCCGAGAUGUUCGCUCUGCUUCAACAUGAAGGCGCAGUCGUACAAUUUGACCGUGGUUGUGGGGUACCGAGACCCGUUUUUCAACGUGGUCAUCAAAAAUGUUCUAGUGCUGGUCCUCGGCCUGCUCAUCAACUACAUCAACAUCAGCCUCAUGCACACCUUCUGCAAGCACCAGAUGUUCUACACCAACCCUCGCUACAUCCUCUUUUUCCACCUGGUGCUGAACAACGUGAUCCAAGUGAACUUGACCCUGGUGCUCUUCUUUGUCAGCUACAUCGUCUACACAAUCAACACGGCCGUUUGUGCAACUUUGAUCCUGCUGGCCGUCUUCACCACUCAGAAUGCUCCUCUCAAUCUGGCGUGCAUGGCGGUCGAGUGCUACAUCGCCGUGUGCCUGCCACUGCAGCAUGCCCGCCUCUGCACUGUCAACAGAACUCUCAUCAUUAUCCUUCUGAUCUGGACCAACAGCUUGAUCUCGGUUCUGCCUGACCUCUUCAUCACCUUAGCCACCGAGCCGCUCGACUUCUUCUCUUCCAGAAUGUUCUGUUCGCGAGAAAAUGCCUUCCCUAAUCCUCUAAUAGCCCUGAAGCGGGACAGCAUCUACGCCGUGUACCUGAUCCUGGUCUGGUUUGUCCUCUUUUACACAUACUUUAUGAUUCUCUGCACUGCCCAAAAGGCCAGCAAGGACGGCAAGAAGGCCCGGAUGACCAUCCUGCUACACAGCGUCCAGGUUCUCCUGUGCAUGACCACGUAUGCCGCGCCGAUGGUCAAAACCUCUAUAAAGACCUUGUCCCCCAAGAACCACAUUGACUCUGUCUUCGCUUGCUACAUCAUCGUACAGAUACUACCUCGUGCCAUCAAUCCUGUCAUCUAUGGCGUUCGAGACAAAUGUUUGAGUAAGUACUUCAUGCGCCAAGUGAGCUGCAAGAGCGUUUAG